AUGGAGCUGUGUUCUUUCCCUGCUAUUUACCUGGUGGAGGUAAUGAAGAUAAUGGUGACAUCCCUCAAAAGAUCCCAUGCAUGUACUGCUACACUCAGUGCCCCCAACCCUGCAGCAGGCCACCAUCGACCCAGCAUCCGCCGGAGACUCCCAGACACCCACAGGCAAGUCUGGGACAGCCUCUUGUGUGAUUACUGCUCCUUUCUCCUAGGUCCUAGUGCACAAGAUUCUGUUGUGCCCUCCAAGAGUCUGUUUUGCCAGUCCUGUGUAAGUUCUGGUGGCUCUACGGUGGGGUUAAUGGAGACCUCCUCCAAGAGGGCUCAUGCCAUACCCAAGUCUGCUGCACCCAGAGCCCUGUCCCUGUGGCAGACCACCACCAAACCAUACCUCCACAGGAGAUGCUCAAACACAGUUCUGUCUUAA